GUACUACAGCUUUGCCGUGUUGUCGAACAAGAAUGGUUUCCUUGACAUCCGACGAGUCGUCCCCAAGAACACUGUGGAGAGGAGGGAGAAUAACAACUCCCUCUACUCGCUGCGGUCCAAGGAGGAUGGUGCUCACUCUGUCAGGAUGCUGUUCACCAGCAACGCGUUGGAGCAGCUUGUCGGGCAGUUCGAGGAGUUUUGCUCGCGAGUCAUGAACCGCAAGAUCAGGAUUCACAUCCCGAAAUCGCAGUACGAUGAGAUAGAAAGGAAACGACUCAACUCCAAGAGGAUCGAGCCCUUGUACCGCUCCCUCAUCAAGUACGCCGCCUUGCGGGCCUCGGAGAAGCUUCCUCUGUUUGAGAUAGGGUCGAAGUCAGCCGCCUUCCAUAACAAGAGAGAGAUCGAGGCGAACGGCUGCGACGACAUCAUCGUGGAGGUAAAUGCGCUGCAAGCCAAUGACGACAUGGUCAUCCUGGUGGCUCUAGAGCACGAGCCUGUCUUUGAGCGCUGCAGUCACCUCGGCAGCAUCCCUGUGUUCCACCUUGAGACGCAGGGGACAUCGAAGAAACGAGAGCAUCCGAGCUCGCAGAUCACAAGCAUCCAGCACCUCCUCGAUGGCCUCGAAAGCAAGCCGCUGGGUGAUACAGUCUCGUACAUCCAGCAAGUGUGGAACACGAUGAAGGCAAUCAAGUAGCACGACAGAACACUGAUAUAUACACUCCCUCAUCAUGACUUGGCAACUUCUCUAGUAAAGUUUCCCAAUACAGGGG